GAGCCGACGGGACCGAGUCGGGACCGAGCCGAGCCGUGCUGGGGUCGAGCUCGUCGCAGCCGCCACCAGCCAUGGGCCGCGCCGCGCCUCGGGCGCGGGCAUGACAGCGCGGCGGCGCCCCGAGCCAGAAGAUGAAGCCCAUAGUCCAGAGAAGACGAUCUACUCAAUCUGCCAUUACAAAAGCUCUCUGCAAGUCAAAGUACCAUUCCAGGGAAACUACCCUUUCCUCCUCCCAUUCAGACAAUGGGCUGCCAAGUGGGGCGUUCAGCAGCCCAGGCUCCACUUUCAUCCUGGAGGAGCGAGUACAGCUGACCGUGGGCCUGCAGACCCAGGAGAGACAUCUGAUCUUGCUGAGUGAUGUGCUGGUCAUCGCCAAGUCCAAAUCCUCCUCCAGCCUGAAGCUGAAGAAGCAGGUGCACCUGAGUGAAGUGUGGACUGGCACCUGUCUCAGUGAAGUGACAGAGAAAAAGAUGAGUCCUGAGAACUCCUUUGUCAUUGGCUGGCCUACCACCAACUAUGUUGUUACUUUCAGCUCAGCUGACGUGAAGGAGCGAUGGCUGUCGGCGUUGCAGUGGCACAUCACUGAGGCAAAAGAGAAUGAAUACCUGAAGAGCCUAACACUUCAGAUCUUUGUGCUGGAUGCUGACAACUGUUCUUCUACUACUGCAGUCAACGUGUCCAAUGUGGAAACUGCAGAGAGUGUGAUAAAGAAGACCCUUCAACAGCUUGGACUUCCUGGCAGGACAAGUGAACACCACCUCUGGGUGAUCUCAGGAAAAGAUGACCCUGCCUACCCUCUCAUUGGGCACGAGCAUCCUUUCAGCAUCGCUCUGAACUGCCUCCGGGACGCCGCUGACCAGCAACAAGGAACCAACAACAACACCCUCCUGGCUGAUGGGACAGAGGCUUCCUUCCUGGAUCAGCUCCCAAAGGAAAAGCAGUGUCAGUUUGUCCUGAAACCCAGGCUCCAAGCUCCAGUGUCACUGAGGAGAGAGUCACUGCAGAAACACACCAAGAGGAAGAAGUCCUUGAUUGACUGGGCUCUGCGCCGCAGCACCAGCACCCCCACGGGCAGCCCUCCUUCGCAGUCACCAACUACCCCACGGAAGCUCUUUGGCCUUUCUUUGUCCUCUGUCUGUCCUGAUGGGAUCCUUCCCAAGCCAAUCAUGGAUAUGCUGCUCCUGCUGUACCACGAAGGUCCCUCUACUAGGGGCAUUUUCAGACGUUCUGCCAAUGCCAAAACUUGCAAGGAGCUGAAAGAGAAACUGAACUCUGGAGAUGAUGUCCAGGUGGAUGGAGAAUCAGUCUUUGUGGCUGCAGCUGUCAUCACGGAUUUUCUCCGAAAUAUACCUGACAGUGUUCUAUCCUCAGACAUGCACGGACUGUGGAUGGAAGCUGUGGACACGGAGAAUCGGGCACAUAAGAUUGAAGCUAUCAAAAGCCUAGUCAACCAGCUUCCAGAGGCCAACCUCAUCUUACUGAGACACCUCUUUGGAGUCCUGCAUCAUAUUGAGCAGAAUUCUGGCGUCAAUCAGAUGAAUGCCUUUAACCUGGCUCUUUGCAUAGCACCCAAUAUGCUGUGGCUACCAAGUCCCACAGGUCCUGAGGAGGAGAGCAGGUCUACAAAGAAGGUGGCCCUGCUGGUGCAGUUCCUGAUUGAAAACUCAGGAGAGAUUUUUGGAGGUGACAUUGCCUCCUUGUUUCAGAGACCAGACAAAAAGACAUCCAAGAACUCAGAGGACUCCCUGGGCAUAGGCUUGGCUCAGCAUGAUGAUUCCUCUGACGAGCUGGAAUUUUCUGCUUGUGACCCAGAAGGACCCAAGCACCCCCUGGUACCUGAAACAGAUGCCCUGUUUGAACCCUCUGGCAGCUUGCUACUUGACGAGGAUCAGGAAGACUGGGACUUGUUCAGUGAGAUCACAGCCUGCUACCAAAGCAAAGCCCAGAAGAACGCCAGUGCUGACAGCUAUGACCUCCUGGAGGAGGAGGGCUCCUUCUGCUCCAUCGGCUCCAUCCGCUCGCUCAGCCCGGCCAGGGACCGGUGCUCCUCCGAGCCCAGCGUCUGCCUCAGCUCCCAGCUUCCCGCUCAGAGCCACGAGCCCGUGGCCAGGCAGUCCAGCUGCGACGCCACCAUCAUGCACAGCCACACAGACUACAUCCACAGGCUCAAGCAGCUGCAGGUGGAGAGUCAGAAGCUGAUUGAUGAAGGCCUCAGCCCUGGGGUCAGCAAGGCCAGGCAGAGUUUGUGGCAGUCACCUCAGACAGGCUCUCGGGUGAUGAAACUCAGCCCUCAGAAAUCCAGCCUGUCCAACAGGUCCAGCUUUUCUAGCCUGUCCUCUACUACCACCUCCCCGUCUGCCUCCUCACUCAGCUCCUUAGACAGUGCUUUCUCCUACUGCUCAGAGUCGUCAGCCAUUAGUCCAACAGACGUCUCAUCCCUGCCCUUCAUGUUCGGCACAUCUGCCAGGCUUCAUGCUGUGUCCCCCAGGAUUGCCAAGAGGUCCCCAAAGGAGUGGCACAAGUCCUUCACAUCCCCUGGGCCUUUGCACCCGUGUGACCUGGACAGUUUCCUUGAGCGUGAACCCAAGGCUGCAGAGAGCAACCAUUGCUUUGGAGAAAGAAAAGGUUUGCCACCUGUCAGCAGAGCUGCUGCGAGGAACCCAGAAACUGACAUUGACUGGGAAGAAGAAGAGAGACAGCUGAGUGCUGUAGGGACCCCUAGCCCGGGGCUUAAGAGCCAGGAUUGUACCAAAGAGUUUGAACCACCCCUAGUCAACGAGAAACCCCCACAGAUCAGCCACCAGCAGCACAGAGAGAAAGUAGUGAAGAGCAUAGAAAUCAAAAGUGUUGAUGCCUGCCCUCCAAGCCAGGACAGCCUGAAGCGCACCAAGAUCACAUUUUAUGUGGCCCCAGAGAAGGAAAGCUCCUGGGGGUCGCCAGUAGAAGAGGAAGAGGAGAGCUCCACAGCAAACCCCAGCAGCAGUGCCUUGCCCAGCAGCAGCAGUGAGCAAAGUCUCUCCAAGAGCUUGCAGACUGUGAGAGUCCAUAUCCCCCAGACAGUUUUCUAUGGGCAGAACACUCCCCUUGUCCUGCAGUCCAUCUCCAGGCGCUGCCACAACAGACCAAGGCUCCCAUUCCUGCAGGCAGAGCACAAAGAGAGCCCCCAAAGUGCCUCCACCCCCGCGGGGCCGGAGAGCAAGCCGGUGGAAACGGCGCAGGCGCCAGCCCACAGCAAGGACUUCAACACCUUCAGCCACACCAUCCGCAUCAUCCUCCCCACCUCCAUCCGAAACACUGUCAGGGAGUAUUUCCAGCACGACGAAACCAAGAGCUGUCCCACAGCGGAGGCAGAAGCAGUGGAGAACGAACUCCUUCGGAGCAGGGUGGAGUGGCACAGGAGCCAGCCGCUGGCAGAGGUGGCCCCAGAGGAGCAUGAGACAGUGGCGUUUGCAGAAGAGACAUUUGUCUAGGGGAGCAGGGGGGGGUGGCUGUGGAAGAACUGAGUAUGGUUUCUGUAAGAUACGAUUGAGGUGUGAAGAAUCUAGCAGGCUGCAUGGGGCAAUCAGUGUAAAGUGACACUAAUGUGUAUGUAAUGUUGAGGUGUAAGAUUCGUUUUGCCUGGGGCAGGAGGGAGGUUUGUUCUUGUUGGGAUUUUUCUGGGUUUUCCCCCCUUUUUUUUUUGUUUCUUUUUUUUCUUUUCCUAUGGAAGACCUUUCUAGUGGACUGGGUGCCACCAGGCCCUCUCUGUCCAGGGAAUACUGACCUGUAUAAGUUCUGAUUCCAUUUCUUUUUAAAGCAGGAAAGGAGAAAUCCUGCUUCAUUUUCUCCAGUCAGCUGCUGCUGUGUGGGGGUGGCUGGAGAGCUGGGACAGACAGUGCUUCAUCAGGAUUAGUUACAAACCUUUUAUGCUUGCACAAAAUCCUCCACUGUUCACCCUUCAGCCAAAGGAAGACUCCUCCACCUCCAUCCCAGGAAUCACUGCUGCUUCCUCUGCUCACCUUUUGUCCCCCAGUGGUCUAGCUCACAGUCUGUACUCCUUACUGGUUGAGGCUGGGUUCCAGAAACACCAAAUGGUGCCCAAAGCUCAACAUAUUUAACAUCUUAACUCCAAGAUUGCCUUUUUUUCCCCACCCCAAUUAAUUGUGCAUUGAUUUCUCUCUUCUCCUCCAAGCUAGCAUUUGACAGAGCCACAGGGAUUUUAGCACUGUCACUUUGGCAGGGCUACAACCAUCUGUCCUCUUUGGUGUCCUCUGGGGGUAGCUGUUCCUUUUAGUUCAAGCACAAGGUGACAUUGUACAUCUGUAAAUGGUGGUGACAUUUCAGAAGGCCCUUUCCAGAGGCAGUGUGACUGAAGCAACAAAUCAAAGUCCUAGUCACGCUAAGAGGAACUUAAGCAGGAUUUGGCUUUAGCAUGAGGUCAAGGAGUUGUGGAAGUUGUCAAGAGUGUUGUUGAGUGGAUGCUGAAGCAAAGCCCCAUCUGGCCAGAAAGUUGUCAGACAGUCCUAGGCUAAGACUGUCCAGGCUUCAACAGCACUGAUGCUGUCUCAGAGAAGCACUGAGUUCCCACUCAGCAAAGUGCAUGGCUCAGUGUGCUCCAGCAGAAUUAAGUCUGGAGAAGUGCCAGGCAGGGAUGCUCUAAGCAGGCUACUGGUGUUGCACCACUCGGAAGGAGCAGCUAAUGGCCUCUUGGGCCAUCCCUGUGAUUCCACCCAAAGUAGUGCUUUGAAGCACCGUAGCCAUAAUGGGACUUGCUAAGAGGGUCGUGAUGCUGCCAGCUGCCCUCUAAAACAAUCUGAGAGCAUCACAUUAGUUUGAGAGGCAUUAAGAAAGUGAUGGGGAAAGGCUCACAGGUUAACAAGGUUCAGGAUGUUUCAUUUGAAAGUGAGGUGAGAGUUUUCUAAGGUGGUUUCUCUGAGGGAGACACUCCCUUUACUCCAUUAACAGUGAAUGGGUGAAGGGCAAGAGAAGACACAAACCCUACUGGUUGGAAAGUGGCCCUUGUGGAGUACUUGCCCCUGGGAGCUGCUGAGUGUCUGCAGAUAGCCAUACCUGGAGCUGCUUGACAUGUGCCAUGGCUCAGUCCGUGCAGAGAGAGGGAAGCCACCUUUGCACAAUGACAACAAGGGGACACAGGCUGAAGUUAUGCUGGGGGAAGUAUAGGCUGGAUGUUAGGAGAAGUUCUUCACAGAGAGAGUGAUUGGCAUUGGAAUAGGCUGCCCAGGGAGGUGGUGGAGGCACCAUCCCUGGAGGUGUUCAAGAAAAGACUGGAUGGGGCACUUAGUGCCAUGGUCUGGUUGACUGGCUAGGGCUGGGUGCUAGGUUGGAGCAGAUGAUCUUGGAGGUCUCUUCCAGCCUGGUUGAUUCUAUGAUUCUAUCACCUAGUAGGUGUUUCCACUCACCUGUCAUGCCUGUGACAGUUGGUGCCAGGAGGCUGGCCCAGCACUCCAAAUUCACACCACUGAAUACCAGGGCAAGGGAAGGGCUCAGGGCAGGGUGGGGGGGGAGGCCAGAACCCACUUUCUAACGUGUACAGAGCUUGAUCUGUUGAUAUGCAGGGUCUUUAACGCUUAGCUGUGGCACUCUCUGUCCCAGAUCACCUUGGUGGCCCUUGUAUGACAAAAGGUGUAUAUAAUGGUAGCACAACCUCCCCCUGCCCCCAUUAUUUCCCUCACAUGAACACUGACCAGGCAUUCACAGUCCUUUUUUCCAGAGCUACAGUUGUAACUAUUUCAAUAAAAGACACACAAGUUUGUUCAUCA